UAUUUCCAACUUCUUUGUUGCUUUCUCCGUUAAGCAAAUGGACAGACGGACAAGACACUGCAAUCCUGGAGAUGAACUUUGGUAUUUGUUUGUUUGUUGGAGCAUGCGAAUAUAUAUUGAUGCUGCGGAUCAUCUGUCUAUGUUCUUAGACGUUGCGGAUGCUGCAGCAUUGCCUGAUGGAUGGUGCCGAGAUGCCAAGCUUGCAUUCACUUUAGAUGAUCAGGAGAAUGGAGAAGCCUCGACAGCAAUGGAGACCCAUCACAGGUUCAGCGCAGGAACGACCAAUGGGGGUUCGCAAAAUUCAAGCGUCUGAAUGAGUUUCACGAUCGCACUAAAGGUUAUGUAGUUGAUGAUACUGUGGUGGUUGAAGUUGAUAUAACUCUACUCGAGGUUGUUCCGGCAGUCGUGUUAGCGACACAAAUAGGCUGCCUUGACUCCUAUUUCAGCAAUCUCUCCAAGUAUUUUAAUGCUGCUGGGACCUCUCGUUUGGGGGAAAGAUUGGCUUCAGAUAUGCGGACCCUUGAUUUGGCUUCUGGAGAUGAUGUAGAGAUGGCCAAGCACUCCUUGGAGGAAUGCCUGUCAGAUCUCUUCAAUUUGAACAUGACCAAUAAGCUUUCUUCGGCCUUGUCGAUCUUAAGCCAUGCCCGAGCUGGGUUAUCUCCUGAUCAGAAGAGAGCAAUCAAGAAAUUUAAGAUCAACUUUGCUGAUUUUGUCUCCGACUACUUAACCUUUGAGCAAGACAAUUCUGAUUUUGAGCUGCAGAAAAUCACGUGGGAUCACCUAUACUCUACGAUGAAGAAUGAUCACGAGACUCACCUAUCACAGAGACCGUCGUUAGAUAGCCUUGCCAAUGAAAAGGAAGAGCUCAAAAAGAGACUAAAGGAAGUGAGUGCCAGAGAGAUGAAGCUGAUAUCUGAGUGUGAAACUCUGAUGAACAAAUCGGAGGAAGUGAAAUCGAGAUUCGCAAUUCAGGACAAGUAAGUUAGCGGAGGCAGAGGAGAAGAAAAAAAUAGCCGAGGAAAGGAUGUCUCGAUGUACCAGUGCUUGGUCCAGUUUGAAGGAUCAUUUCCUUUAAAGUUUCAGCUUGCGGAGCAAAAAUGGCUGUAGAAGCUGCAAGAUCACCAGCUGUGUUGCACUGGAGGAUGUGACCGGAAUGCUAUCUGUCGAACCAAGUACCUUUAAAAUCCUUAUUCAGUUGUUAUGUUUCUUACCGUGGCCUGUAGCACUGUACUAGACAUCUCAAAUUUCCCCA